AUGAGCAGUCUUACAUUAACAACAAACAAUCAAGCUUCUGUUUACCUUCACAAGUCUUUAUCUUCCACUGCAAAUCCACAGACAACUACGAAUUCUCAGAGUAAAACAAAUGCAUUGCAACCAACUACGAGUAAUUUAAAUUCUAGAAACCAAUCAUCGACAUCUUUGAAUCUAAACCGAGUCUCAGCUUCUGCUGCUAAAGGUCUCCCUAAUUCGCCAAGUACUUUGGAGGCCUCCCGACUCACUCCUAGUUUCGGAUCCCCGACCUUGACGAGUAACCCAACGUCGCCUCAAAGGACAUCGCUGGGAUCUAAUCGUUCAAACUUAACAAUGAAUCGAAAUAGUUCAUCAUUCGUCAGAUCUGCUUCGGGAAACUUGCCGAUGUCAUCAAGUGUGGGAAUGGGACAGUCAAUAAUAUCACCGGGUUCCGACCAGAUUUUAACUCCUAUUAUGCACUCUGAAGCUGUGCCAAACACUCUUUUAAACUCAGCGUUUCUAUAUUCAACGAAUAAUGCAAGAAGAAACAGUAUUCAGAAUUCUCCUCUUCUAAGCCAGCCGAGUUCACUGAAUAGUUCCAGUGUACUACUAGAGACAGUAGACAACAGUCCUCAAAUUGACCAGCAGUCGGUUGGUGGAACUGGACUAGGACAGCCCCUCCCGUAUUCAUAUGGCAGACACAGUAUGACUUCAAUUGGAGGGGGCAAAGUGCCUUACGACAGAAGUUCAUCCACUGGUACUACAGACUACACGCGAAGUCUGGAAGAAGAGAAUGCUCUGAUGUGUGAAGAACUGCAGGCGACUGUGGUGGAGUUGAGUGAGGCGAGGGAACUAGCCAGACAGUUCGCUCUCCAGAAGGACCAGGGCGAGGCCAGACUUCAGAGUAUUCUACACUGCAUUUACGAACAGAACACUGUUCUGGACCAAUGUUGUGGCCAAAUGGACUUCUUGCGUGCCCUGGUGGAUGAAUCAGGAGUCCCCAAAAUGGAGAGGAAGUCGAAGAGUGUGGACUCCGACAGCUUCACAGGAGCAGACAGGGAGUCCAACCAUCCGAACUCCUCUGGCGCUCUGGCCUUAGACGGGAGCACAGAUGAAGAAAUGGACACUGAGAAGACACCCGAGGAAGUGUCGGCGUCUUGCGUGAGGAAGUUGAACAGACUGGAGAUUCUUCUGAAGCACAAGUUGAAAGAAGACAGAACAGUUAGGAUGGAGAUGAAAAAGACGAAGCAGUCUCUAAGUGAUCAGAAAAUGGAAAAUGAAAUGCUGAAGAUACGCUUGCAGUCCCUUCAGCAACAUCAGACUAACAAGACAUCGGACCAGAAAGAGGAGGAAGAGGAAUCCUCCUCGCCCCCACAACAGGACUGGACUGCAAACAAAAAAUCUACUUCGACCUACUUUGAAAAUGACUCAUCCUCUAUGGCUGGCAGUCCGACAGCAUCAAAUGCAAAAGUGUUGGAGACCCUGUCACAGCAGUACGAGGACAUGUUACGUAAUAAGGAGACGGAAAUUUCCAAAUUGAGGGAAGAUCUGAAAAAAGCGAUCAGGGGAAAUAAUUCAAUUGACAGCGUGCGCAGACUUCAGCCGGGCCAAGCCGCUCGUGAAGAAGUGUUGGCACUGCAGGAGAGGCUGGACAAAGUGAGUGAAGAGAAAGAAGUUGUGGAGACUAAGAGAGAUGAGCUGAACAGAGAGAUGAUCAGGCUGAGGGCUGAGCUGACAUCUAAGAUAGACAGUCUCACCUGUCAGCUUAGUAGACUUGAAGGUGAGCGAAGUGAGUGGAGGGAGAGGAUGGCGGAGAUGGAGAAGGAGCUGGAGAUGGUGAGAGAGAUGACAGAGGAGAAGAUGCAGGACAUGGCAGUGGCACUAGUAGUGGCACACGACUUCCAGGUAGAGGAAAGCGAGAGAAGAAAGCGAGUUGAGAAAGAACUGGAAAAUGCUCGAAGCGAACUGAGUCAACUAGAGAGUGAAUGUAAACUACAGAGGACUGAGAGCGAGAGUAUGAAGCGAGAUUUAGAGAGCGAAAGAGAGGCGCACAGGAUGGAGUUGACAAGUUAUCAGAAACAGACCGAGGAAUUGUCGACGAAUAUGAACAAACUAAAGAAGCAGCUGGGAGGGGGCUCAACUCCUCCGACUGCUGCGAUGGGUCAGACGACUGGUAUCUUGAACAGCAACAGCAAUAGUAAUCCGACUGCGAACACUACUACUACAACUGCUGCUGCCACGGCGGCUGUAGAAACGACUAAGCCUAUCUCAACAAAUAACAGUAAAACUGUUGGCCUGAGUAAUAAACCGGUCCAGAUAAACCCGAAGUCGCCAACAGGUCGCGAGAAACCAGCAAAGUUUAUUCGAAUGUCAUCUUUAAUGGAACCGGUAUCACCUUCACCGAUGUCUCCUAGCCUGUUUAAAACAGCUACUGAUUUUGACGCAGAUGUUGACGAUGACUGUGUUGACAAUGCGCCCAUCAUCAAGAACGUGAGAUCAAUGGUGGAGAACUUCGAAAGUCCUUCUGGCAGUCCGCUUUCUGCGAUAGAAACAGCACCGGCUGCCAAGCAUAGGCGCUAUUCAGGCGCCCAACGGAACGAGAAGCGAAGAGCGGUUCUGCAGUCGUCACACAGUGUGGACGAGCGACUGAGUGAAGUUGCGAAAGAUGCCAAUUUGAAGGAACUGGAAGACAACGAGAGUAUCCUCAACAAAGUGUCCUCAGCAAUUAAGAACAUCAACGAGAAAUGCGAAGCCACCGAGACUCCGAAAUCUUCGGGUCAUUCGAAACCCAGACCAAUGAGAUCACAGAUUUCGGCUUUGGAACUUUCAACUAAAGCAUACAGAAGUCCUUUGAAUAAAUUGAAAAUCAACGACAUAGUUGUAUCUCGUGGAUCCAUGCCUCGCCAGAAGGUGUCAGACCCCAUGCUCAAGCCAGGAGUGGUUGCGGGGGGAUCGAACAGUACCAGUAGUGCGGCGAGCUCGGAUUCUGAGAACUUGCAACCGGGUGUCGUUUCUGGGACCACUUCGGCAGGGCACUCGGCGGCUACGCUUACAACCACAGUGAUUGCGUCACCUGUCACGAAUUCAUCCUCGCCUACGACACAUGUACUGACCGCAACGUUGCCGUCCUCCACCCGCAGUGGUGCCAACGCUUCCUCGCCCCUCGUCACCACAUUCACAACGGCCGCCGGCGUCAUCAGCGGCGACUCAGUGGGCUGUCUCGGCAACAACAGUAGCUGCGGCGAGAACGACGCCCUCAAACAACUCAUGCAGAAGGGCAGCCAUGUCUCAGUGCGCAAUGCACUCCUCGAUUGGUGCAAAGAGGUGACGAAGGUGUUUGCAGGAGUGGAGGUGACAAAUUUCAGCAGCAGUUGGACAGACGGACUCGCUUUCUGUGCCCUGUUCUACUCGUGUGCCACCACCACACACCUCAAACAGUUCCCUCAAUUCUCAUCGCUAGUCAGACAGGCUUCCAAGAGACAGAACUUCGAAGUUGCACAAAAACUGGCGACAAGCAUCGGUAUCAAAUUUGAUUUGGACGUGGAGAAAAUAAUUGCUAAUGAGCGCCCAGACUGGAAGCUGAUUUUGCCAGUGGUGAAGGCGAUUUUCGAAGGGAUCUCUGUGCUUAAUUCACCAGCACAAUCACAGCCUUAAAUUGUAUUUAAAAUAGACAGAAUUGGUGCAAUCUUGACUAAAACUAAACUCUGAUUUUGGUAAUUUUUCCUUUAUCGACACUGUCUGCCAAGCAGUUGUUAAUUCGUUCGUUGCACAACUCAUCAGCUAAGGCUGUGCUAAAAAUCAUAAAACAACCUGAAAAGCUUAAAUUUAUUUUUCGUACGGUUGACUAUUACGCUGAUGUACAGCAAAUAAAGUAAAUGUGUUUCUUCACAAAAAAAGAUAAAAAGUCUGCUCUAAAAAUAACGAAUACAAUCAAGGGCAAUGUGGAGCCUAUUCUACUUAGUUCGAAUUGAAGGAGAGUCAAAUGAUGGAAGUAAAAAUACCUAA